UGACCAGUUCAGGCAUUUAUCUAUAACAAGAAUCCUGCAGUUGUUCCGUCUAUAGGCAAUACACAUAAUACAACCUACAAUCCAGUCAUUAUCAGUACAUCUAGGAGCCCUAUCCUCUACUUAUUUUCUCAGUCCAGGGUUCUUGUAUUCUGCAAACAAAAAAGUAUUGGCAAAGCUUUGUCAUACUUCUUGCCUAUUCUUCACUGGCUAGGCAGGUGUCUUGGACAUUGCAGCCAGACAGUUAUAAAGGCAUGUUUAUGUCAAUUUUGUGUCAGAGUGCCUUGUUGUUGGCUGCACUGGCAUCCAUCUUGUUUCAUUCUCGGACCAAGUGGCUCAAAUCUGAACACUGUUACUCACUUGACUGGAUUUUCAGAAUUACAUAACAGCUCAGCAGGCUUCCCCGGAGAUCCCAGGGUGAUGGCUGCAGUACAGGUGACAGAGGAAACCAUCAUAGUGGGUGGGCAGACUCUGUUCUCCCGCCAGGCUAAACCUACACAACAGGCUCCUCGCCUUUCCCUCCUGCUGCUCCAUGGCAUUCGUUUUUCAUCAGAGACGUGGCUCAACCUGCAGACUUUGUCUAAGUUGGCAGAAGCUGGAUACCAUGCUGUAGCUAUUGACCUGCCAGGAUUCGGCCGCUCUAAAGAUGCUGUUGCUCCAGCUCCUGUUGGAGAACCAGCCCCAGGCAGUUUCUUGAAGGAUGUCUUGGAGGCCCUGAAAUUUGACCAAGCAGUGGUGAUCAGUCCAUCUCUCAGUGGAAUGUAUUCACUCCCGUUCCUUUUUCAGCACAAUCACCUUUUGAAAGCCUACAUCCCCGUGGCACCCAUCUGCACAGAGAAGUUCCCUCCAGCCCAAUAUGCCAGUGUCAAGACACCAACUCUCAUUGUAUAUGGGGAUCAAGAUGUCGAACUGGGUGAAGUGAGCCUGAACAACUUGAAGAAUUUAUCUAAUCACAAGUUAAUGAUGAUGAAAGGGGCAGGCCAUGCCUGUUAUCUUGACAAGCCAGAUGAAUGGCACCAAAGGCUGCUGGAUUUCCUGAAGAACAUAGAGUAAACAGCAAAUCAGUCAGCACUGGCCUAGUCAACCCAUAAUCAAUGAGAACCUCACCAGUUUUUCUGGCAUACACAUGUAAGGAGCUGGGAUUUCUUCCUGCCAUUCUGUCAGUAACCUGUAGGGGGGGCAGGUUGUUUGUGGACUGUCUAACCAUAGUAGACCUAAAACUAUCAGAAAGUGUUACAUCCAGAAUGCAUUCACUGAUUCAUGAUUCAUUAAUUGCAUAAUUAAAAUGACCAGGUAUGGUUUUUCUUGCUUGGGUCAUGAGAUAUUUGAAGUCAAAUUUACAUAAAAUAAUCAUUCAUAGAAAUGUAUUAGGAUCUGUGCCUGGAUAUAUUAGGAAUUGGUCCUCAGUAUCACGAGCCCUUUUGCCAAGAUUUUAAUCAUGAACAAUUGUUUUCUAAAAGCUGAUUGAGUGCCGGCUGAGAUAGAUGUAAUAAAGGUAAGGCAAUGGCUGGGUUUAAGUAACUUAUAAACAUAUGAUGAUUUAAUUGUUUUGACUUAGCACACCGAAUAAUCUAUCCAUUAUAACAUCAUGUAUGACAUGGGAGUGGUAUUAAAAUUAAAAUUCUGGUUUGUUAGCAGCAGUGGCUAUGGCUGAUUUACUAUAUGAAAACCAAAAUGUCACAAUAUAUUUUUCUAACCCAUAGAUUCUUCUAUAAAGCUAACUUUCAUUGACCGCUAUUAUGUUCUUGUCCUUGUUAUCUUUGUUAACAGGAUAUUUUUUGUUUUGAUGACUGGACAUAGCGUUCUCCAAUUUGAUGGAUUACAUAUAUGUUGGGUUUUAAUUUCCAUAAUUCUCAGCAGGCUUGGAAACCAUGCAUGGGAAUUGUGCUAGUCAGAAUGUAUGUGAGUUGGUGUCCAUUACAUCUGGACAUUGAGUAGCAGGUUUGAAGAAAGCUAUACUGCAAUUUAUGCUAUUUGAACCACAUAUUUUUGCAUCUGAGUUUGCUUCUUUAGGAUGGAAGAACCACAUACAGUAUUCUGUUACCAGAAUCCAUAAUGGCAUUAGAGACUUUGUGAAGAGCACUUGUAUUGGGGAAGAAUGUAUGUUGGCACCAUCCUCUGACUUCAAUGAAUGUUAUAUUGGGGGAUAAAUUCUUACUGUCUCCGGCUGUUUUUCAAAGAAAAUUGACAAGGUCUAUACAUAGGUUACAUGACACCUCCACUCUUGGAAGCUUGAUUUCUUCAAGAAUGUACAAGUAUUCAUAGUGGUAAACUUCUCUUCCACAGAUAGUGUGUUCUUGGGCAGAUAUUUUUUAAAAGUUUUUUAAAAGGUUAGAGGGGCUAUUUAAUUAGAACUGUGCUUGACCAUAGAUGUAGAACUAACAGGAUUUCUUGGAUAGCACCUGUAGUCAUUUUAAGGAGAAACUGAUCACACUUUUUGAACAAGUGAGUGUGAGCAUUCUGUUGCACUUUCAUACUUAUUCAUUUGCUCUCAAAAAUAAUCAAAGGAAAUGAGGACUUCUGAGAAUAAGAUUGGAGCAGGAAAAUUAAUAACAAUACUUGUACAGGUUCUGCCUGUAUUUCAGGUGAACUCCUGCUGUACCAAUUUUGAUUAUCAAAAUGUAUUCAUUUGUAAUCAAAUAAAUCUGAUCUAUAUCUGUUUUUAUAAUGAUUCCUUUUUUUUAAAAAAAAAUCUAAAUAUACCAUACUUCUGUAAAUUAUAUUUGGAGUACUGUAGAUUUACAACAAAGGUGUGAAAAACUGGUAAUAAUAUUUGGUCUGUGUGGAACUGGUUUUAGUAUAACUUGAUAGCCAUACUAUUUUACUUUUUUCAAUACUAAAUUAAAUAUGGCCUAUAAGAGUAUAAAUCAGAGGUCUUCAAACUUGGCAACUUUAAGACUUGUGGACUUCAACUCCCAGAAUUCUGCAUAGCAUAGCUGGCUGGAGAAUUCUGGGAGUUGAAGUUCACAAGUCUUAAAGUUGCCAAGUUUGGGGAUCCCUGGUAUAAAUCAAAGAUAGAUUCCACAUACAUUAACAGAUACCAACAUCAUAAACAAAAGUUUAAUCCAUUAUUUGGACAAAACAUUCUUGAAAGUAUUGCCUUCUUAAAAGAUCAGAAAAGUAUCAGCAGCCAUGCCACUAAAUUCAAGAUAUGAUAGUCCAAUUGUAAGCAAAAGAGGCUCUUAGCCUAAGAAACUGAGCAGCUGCCAAAUCUUAACUAGAUGGUCUUCAAAAUUGAAAUUAGCCUCAGACAGUAUAGAUCUAAAAUUCUAGAGAGGGACAAAACCUCUUUCUAUUGGAGGGGAAAUUUGUGGUGUAGCAAGUGAGGAUAAUUAGAAGACUAUGAGAAGUCCUUGUUGUUUUACUCUAUCACAGAGCUUUUAUCAGUCAAAACUUCAGCAGAAAAUGGGAAAUCAUACUGUAAACGAGAGAAUGAAUCCGUAGCCCUCUUGAUCUGGUUGGUGUAUAUCUUUCAUAGUCCUCAAUCACUGGUACAAAGGGCUAAUGGGAGCUGAACAUUUGGAGUGUCAUCAGGAACAGAUGGAUCUGUCUUAUACAAUACCAGAUUAUCUAACCAGGAUUGGGAUCUUCUCUGUGU